AUGAAUCCCCUCCGCUGUAGGCUGGGCGUCCAGCCUACUCUUUCGCUCGUUCUGUUGCUGGCAAGCUUGAUGGCUGGUCAAGUUGUUGCCCAAGCUGCGACCACCACCGAAAACACUGACACCACGACUGCAGCAGCCACUACCAAUGGUGCGACGACAGCUACAGACACUGCGGCGGCCACCACAGGCCAAACUACAGCUCAAACUACAGCUCAAACUACAGCCCAAACUACAGAUACCUCAUCUACGGACAGCUUACCGCCACUGACGACAAGUACCAGUUCUACGGAUACUCUACCAACGUUGACUUCGGCCGCGACAAGUUCGACGUAUUCUAUCCCGGUUGCCACCGUUCCCCCAACCGAGAAUGCACCAUACAUGCGACAGUCCAACCUGCCUGAAGGAACCGUGUUUAUCGCCGUUGGAGCGGCUUUGGGAUUCAUUGGACUGUCAGUGCUAGCCUGGCGAGCCCUGGUGGCCUGGUCGAUCAACCGUUCGGUGCGUCGUGCUGCCAUGGAGCAAGCCCAGCAAGAAAGCAAGACCCUCCUGCGCCACAAGCGGAGGUCCAGAAGACAUUCUCGUCACCGUUCUCACAGGCCCAAGGACGGCACCUCCGUGUCCAUGGAGAAGCUCAGUCCGAGCCAUCGCCACAGCCACAUGGGCGCUUCCAAGGGUCCUGGCGCGCAGAGCAGUCUCUUCUACUCGCCUACUGCUGGUGCAGGCCUGAACCCGGCGGCUAACAGAGCAUCGACCUAUCUGCCAGCGGGGUACUAUUCCGCCGGAGCUGCAGCUCCUGGAGGGGGGCACAGUCGCAAUCUCGGACCCAGCCCGCCCGGAUCACCAUCACUACCUCCGAGUAGCGGCGCGGAUGCACCGCAGACCAGGGCAUCCCAUUUGGGUGCAUCUAGCAGUACUGUCAAUCUGAAUGCACCGCCACAAGGCCGAGCACCGAGUGCUUACCUAGAGGAUCUGUUCGAGAAUCACGCUCCUGCAGGUCAUCCUGGGGGGACAUAA